UCCAGACGUUCGUGUCUGGUACGGGGCCGCGCAGUGAAAUUCUGAGAAGACGGGAAGGACUGCAUCGCGAAUCACCCAAACAUCGAUCUACACCAUCAUAUACCGGUUCUUCUGCACCCCAGCAAGAUGAGGGAGAUAAUUGUGUUGUUCCUUGUCCUUGCUGGAAGCAGCGAUGCCCUGGUGAAGCGUUGGAACAAGUACUCCGACUACAACAAUGCAGGCAACUGGGGAGGGCUGAACAGGACACCAUGUCCUACUGACUCCAUCAACUUAGGAGCUGUGCAGCCUGUAUCAGUAUACAUCCAGUCCAACCUGACCAUCACAGAGUUGGCCCUCCCCAUGACUGGUGAGGUUAUCCUGGGCCCUAAUGUCAUCCUGGACUUCCCCUCCAGCCCUGCCAACUCAGACCCGUCUUGUCAAGGCGUCGCUCCAGGUCAGCUUGCAGAGUUCCAGGUCCAGACCCAGGAGUGGUUCAACCUUAACAACUGGGAGGUGUACGGUUCCCUGGCCGACGCACAGCAGGGAGACGUGUCCAAGCAGGUCGGAGCGCUGGACAUAGAGAGGAUCCCCUGCAGCAGUGGCGGAGACACCACGGGGAGCUACAUCAGGGAUGAAGUCCUGUUUCCCCAGGACCGCACCUUCAGGGUCAACAUGGGCACUCAGCCGCUCAGCCUGCAGAAACUCAACUUGGCUGGCAAGGCGUACACGUCCACAAACCCAUUCAGUGACUUCUUGAACACAGUCAGCGGAAGGUCCCAGUUCAACCCUGCAGCAGACAGGCCUACCGUGAACAUCGGGGGCUCCUGCACGGAUGUCACGGGAUGUGCCUGUGGGAAUGACGCAAUGAAGACUGUGAUCUGUGCUGCAGUACAAUGUCAGGAUCGAGGUCUGCAAUGUGACAGUCCCCCCACACCACAGGGACACUGCUGUGGCAUAUGUGGGGCUGUCCUGACCAUUGGGUAUGGGGACAACUUCAACUUCCAAAACUUGCAGAGCUACAUCCAAACACAGUAUCUUCAACAGGACAAAUACCGAGGGGUGCGGACGAUCCUGUCCAAGUCUGCGGUGUCUCGUGCGGGGGAGGUACAGCUUGUGCUGCAGGAUGAUGCACCAGGCACGCAGAACGGCCAGACUGCUGCCGCCAUGGCUCAGGAGGUCAAGGACACACUACCAGCAGCUGGACUGGGGAUUACUGCAGUUGAGGUAGAGGCUUCUGCUAAAGGAACAUCACCAGCCGGACAGACAGGUGGCCGUAUGGGUGGAGGACAGAUAGCAGGCAUAGUGAUCGGGAUCAUCAUUUUCCUCGUACUUAUUGUCCUGAUAGCCUUCUUCAUCAGCCGCAGGAGCACCCCACUGGAACUGAGUUUGCCCAAGAUGCCGAAAAUGCCCAAGAUGCCGUUCAACGGGAAGAAGAGCCUGACCAACGAGUUUGAGAUGGGCGGGGCAACCUUCUCCAACCCGAACUUCGACCCCAACAGCCCCGACCACUUCAGCCUGAGCUACAGCGGGGUGGAGGACCUGGGCAGCAGCAAGGGAUUCAACAACCCCAUGUACGACAACCCUGUAGAGGACAACCCCAUGUACAGUGACACCAGCCUGUCCGGCACCAUGGACCCUGCCUCGGUCACCACCACCCCACCCACCACUCCCGACGGGGACCCCAGGGACAGUGGGGGCAUCGAGAACCCCAUCUACGGGGUGGACAACCUGCAGGAGGUGGUCAUGGACGCAGAGUGCUAAAACAGCAAAGUCUGGAACCUAGCCAGGGCUCAAAAUAAUCUCCAAGCAGAUCAUACCGUAGCCUUUGGCAGUGUCCAUUUGCCAGAGGAGUGUCCAUUAGCCACCGAAGCCAAUGGAUACUGUCUGGCUAAUGGUUACUGCCUGGCCAGUUUGAUACUGUCUUUGCGGCCACCGAAAGAUCUGCUUGGAGAUUAGCUCGAAAUACCUUUUUUUCUGCAUACCUGCACUGGAGCAAGUAACAUUACAAAUAACCUGCACCACUCAGAGUCAGAAUUUAGGAAGUAUUCAUCAUACUUGAAACUGUUACUUAUGCCUUUCGUACUUCAUAGCUGG